GGUAAAGUUGUCAGGCUCAAUCGCCUGACCUUGAUUGCCACCCACGAUAUCGCCAGUAUGACAUCGACCUCGCAGGGAUUCAAUAGCUCACCAACAAAGAGCGGAAUCGAAAGACUUAGAUAUUUCAUCAAAGGAAGAGAAAGAGAGCUGAAAUUCGUAAAAGAAGAAACUAUGGACCAGAUGAAACAACUAGAGGCAUGCGAUAAUGCCCAGAUUCAAGCGAAGGCAUUGAGAAAUGAAUCAGUGACCAAGGCGCUCUGUACAGAACUCUUAAAUCACCCCAAAAAGUCGCUCAGUCAAUUUUCACAGAAUAUCGAUGAGCAGAUAGCAGUUCUAAGAGUCGACGUUCGCGUUCUAUGGGAUAAACUCCGCGAGCUAGAAAUGGAAUUGGGAAGCUGGAGGACGACCCAAAGGUUGCUCCAGAAGGCAAUGAUGCGCCUCAAUGCAAGUCAGUUGGACAUAGAGGUGGACAUCAAAACCGGAAAAGAGGCAUUUCGACCUCUUUGGAAUGUACCUUCGGAAGUCUGGGCGAAAAUAUUCGAGUAUGCCAUAGAAGGGGCAAAGAAUGGCUACUUGAAGGAGAAUCAAAGCAAUUAUGGCAUGCGCCCACCUAUAUUCAAUCUCUCCCAGGUGUGUCAACGCUGGCGAUAUCUCGUGAAUAGCGAAUCCAAACUCUGGACCCUAUCCUACGUUGCUCCCACUCAGAUGUGGCGCCAAGAUGAACACGAUCUUAUAGCUACAUCUGUCAAGAAAUCAAAUGUUCCAAUGACAAUCAUCACCAAUCUAUCUCAAUAUUUCUACUCGGGCUAUGACCGCUACUACCGUUUUGACAUCCAUGGCGACAUGGUUGCGACCGUUUCUCCCGAUGAAAGUAGUUUAUUCAACGGAAAGGAAUACAUCCUCCUUGUCGAUAUGUAUGAAGAUGACCUUGUCACCAUGUCAAGGCUAUCGAACCUCCCUCUGCGACAGCCAACUUCUCUUAUUUUCUCUGGGCGGUCGAGCAUUCAGCGGGGCUACCUCUUCGAAUUUAUCUCCAAUUUCUCCGGUGUGAAGUCUUUAUCUCUCUUCAAUGACAAUCCUCUCCACUUCCCGGAUGUCACUUUAUCGUCUUAUUUCCCUCAACUGCAUGAAUUACGCAUAGAGGUUGGUGCGUUCCCGUCAAGCCUUUCCUUGAACUCUUAUCUACCAGCUACUUUGCAUGAGCUCCGACUGCGUAAUAAUACUGGAGACAUGUUACCAAUUUUAUCCUCCGAAAUCGAACUUCCUCACCUUCGGAUUCUAGAGAUUACAUCCCCUGGAGCGUAUUUGCUCGAUAUGCUCACAGCUAGAGGACUUCAAUCCUUGAAACUCUAUCGCCCCCGCAUUUAUCGAGCUAUUCAAAUCUCUUCAUCUACUAAAGCGACAGAGAUCUAUGGAAAUCUACUCCAUUUGAAAUUUGAAGAUUGGAAAUCCCGUGGAUCCCUUGGAGCUGUAGCGGUGUUUCGAAAUCUCAUCCAGAAAGUGCCAUCAUUGCACACAUUGGCUUUCUUUAGAAGCUUUGUAGACGGAAAUAUGCUAUUAUCCGCAACGAGAAUGCCCGUAGGAGGCAAUGGAGAUGCAGAAAGGCAUAUAGUGUUGACGGAGAUCACUCUGAGCCACCCUCGUGGUAUCACGAAUGAUCAAUGCGAAGAGCUGAGGCAGUUGGUGAACACGGUAAAGUUGGGUAUAGAAUGCGCAUGGGGACUGAGGCCUGGCCGAGGACAGGGCAAAGUUGUCAGGCUCACUCGUCUGACCCUGGUUAUCACCCACGAUAUUACCAUCAUACAAGGGUUCAAUAACUCACCGACUAAGCGAGAAACCGAGAGGCUCCGCUGCUUUAUCAAAUCGAGGGAGACGGAGCUGACGUCUGUGAAGAAGGAACUACUGGAGGAGACGAAGCAAUUAGGAACCUGCGACAAAGCCAUAUCCAAUCUCGAGCUCACGAUUCCAGAGGCGAAACAAAUCCUGAAGGCUAAUGAGGAUAACCUGGCUUCCCUCAUUAGUAUUCAAACUCAGCUCAGUACCGUGGGACGCAUUCAAGAGAAGGCUUUGAAGAAUGAACCUGUAACAAAAACGUUGUAUUCAGAAUUUCGAAGCUACUCGAAGAAGCCACAUGAACGCUUGUCAGAACAUAUCGAUGAGCAGAUAUUAGCCUUGAAGAGGGACGUUCGUGUCCUUUGGGACAAGGUUCGCGAACUGGAGAUGGAGUUAGGAGGCUGGAAGGCAUCCAAAAGGUUAUUCCAGAGAGCAAUAACGCGCCUUAAUACGAGUUAUUCGGAUAUCGAAACGGACAUAAAGACCGGAAACGAAGCAUUUAGGCCCAUCUGGAGCAUACCAUCGGAUGUCUGGGUCAAGAUACUCAAGUAUACUAUAGAGGAAGAAAAAGCCAGCUAUUUAGUGAAUCAAGAGAAUAUUGGCAUGCGCCCGCCCGUAAUCAAACUGUCUCAAGUCUGCCAACAGUGGCGCUACCUUGUCAAUAGCGAGCCAGCACUCCGAACGUUAGUAUACGUUGCUCCUUCCCAG